GUUUCAAAACGAGGACCAAGGGAUAAGGGUUGGAAAGACAGAUGGCUUUGUGUAGAUGGUCGUCGAGUUAUGUAUUUGGAGAAAGCAACGGACGCGUUCCCGAAAGGCGAAUUUGUAUUAGGCACGAAAGGCUAUGACGUCACCUCGGGUUUUAACGAAUACGAGGCCCCGCUCGGCUACGGCUUUUCGAUUCACACACCAGAUCAAGUUUACGAAUUCAGUGUUGGCACGGAGUUUGGUUUGGAAUUCAUGGGUCGUCGCAGAUCUAUUUUUCAAUGGCUUUUCAAGGAGAAAAAUAUCGAUUUUCAAAGACCAAAUUCAAAUUUAUUUGAUGGCAUUUCUGUCGUACUCAGCAUGCGUUCUAUGCAUUUUCAGGUAAUAAAUUUAACUGACAUAUACGCAUAGAUAAGACACAGACAAAAUACGCAAAGGUAAGACACUUAAUUGUGACUUCAUUACUAUCGUGAUAAACUCGCAAAUUAAGGCAAAGAAUACGCUUAGUAAUUGCCCAAAUUAUUACUAUUUUUACUUGAAAAGAUGAAAGAUACGAUUACAAAGUCAAAACUAAAGUAGUUUUCAAGGAGAUUUGGCAUUUUGUCUUGCUUCAAGGGCUUUUCAAAUACACUAGAGACACAUUAAGAUUCAAGAGCUUUUCAACGAGUUAAAGGAGUAGCGGGAGCCCUGUUUAAGUCAAUAAGCUCAGUAUCUAUCAAUAUCAUCGAUAUAGUUAGUGUUCAUCGCUAUUGUUUGAUUCAACCUAUCUUAAAAGCCAUUCGUGUUACGUUGAUACUGCCGUUGUUCAGAAAAUGAAAUUGGCCAACAAUGUUUGAAGGAUGAAGUAAAAUAAAUUAUAAUUAAAAACGCUAA